AUGGACUUUAUAGUUCAACCUCCUCGUACAGCACGUACUGGCUACACAAUACCAGGGACAGUUAUUGUACGCCUACGAACGACCAACACUGACCCUGACUACGCUGCCGCCGACUCGCCCAACCUGAUGGCCGUCGUCGCCCUUGUUCCUGGUCCAAAUUCUACCGCAUCAACAGAUCCCCACGUAUUGAACUCACUCUUGGGUGGUCAACGCAUCGCCUCAAUACAUCCUUUUGCAGAUGACGAAGCGGACGGCUCAAUUGCUUCCAUGGACAUGGCGGGCCCUCAAGGCGUCGGUUACAUGAGCUUCCCAGGUCUUGCCGUUCAUCAAGUUGGUAUUUUCCGAUUACGCAUUACCCUACUUCGCACUGCCGAUGGAGCAUCGAUACAGGUCGUCGACAGCAACCCCUUCGUUGUCCAGACGAACAGCAGUACCAGUAGCCGCGCGUCUCACAACGGAAAGUACUACUCAUCUUAG